AUGUCUUUCGUCAACGGUCUCCCCAGUGCUGGAGAAGUCUACGAUGUUGUCGUGGUCGGCAGUGGCUUUGCGGGUUCUACCACAACCCUUCGUUUCCUCGAGGAGUGCGAGAGACUCGGGAAGUCUGGCAAGAUUGCGUUGAUCGAGGCCGGCAAGGAAGGAGAACGAUGUGGUGCCAGCAGAUGGACACAAGCAGUCCUUCGACUCACGGACGAUAAUGUCUUUGACCCAAAUUGGAAACACGUUAUGAAGGCAAGUAUCGACGAUCUCUAUCUUUUGAUUCCAAAGGUGGGGUUUAUGGGACUUAUUUUCCUGCACAGCGGCGGGCUUGCAGACCAAGCAUACUGCGAGAAAUUGGAGAAGGAGGCCCCGAUCUCGGUCGACUACAUCAAGGAGCGCGGCGUCAAACUGCACCAUCACUACGAAGAGAAUCUCUUGGUCCAGUUUAGCACCCGCCAGCACUUCUGCUAUCCCAUUGGCGGUGGACAUGCAAUCAUCAACACCCUCUUCGAUCACAUUCGAAAGUACCCCAAUGUCAAGGUCUUGUGGGAGACGACGGCCGAACAUCUCCUGCAAACCGAGCAAGGCGAGGUUUGUGGAGUGCGAGUCCGACAGGCUGAUGGAAAGCUAUCCAAGGUCUUCGGGAAGAAGGUCAUGCUGGCUUGUGGAGGCUUCGAGGGCAGCAAAGACCUGAUGGCCCAGUUUGUCGGCCCGCGCGUCGAACAUCUUCCCGUCAUCGCACCAGGGUUGAAAUACAACACGGGAUUCGGCCUGAAAAUGGGCAUGGAAGUCGGUGCCCAAGUUGCGGGAUCCAUGAACGGCCUCCAUUGUGAGAUGGUCGACUCUCGAACCACCAAGCCCGAUGCUGUCGUCUGGGGCCACAAUUUUGGUAUCGUAGUCAACAAAGAUUGCAAACGCUUCUAUGACGAGGGCAAAGAUUCACUCUUUGCCACCUUUGAGAUGAUUGCUCUGGAGGUUUGGAGAGGUAUGGCAUCAGACAUCACAUCCCUCGACCGGGCAUGUUUUCUGACAUUUUCUUUCUGGGACAUUAAGACCAAGACCAAGAGGCCUAUUUGUACGUCUUCUUCUUCUUCCCUCUUGAACUGGUCCAGAGUUCUGUAUCCGUUGGCUGAUCCGGACCUUAGUAUCACCGACAAGCCCAUCAUGGACCGUUUUCGACCAGGCUGGGUAUUCGAGACCACCGACCUGGAACCCGAAUCGAGCGACACGAUUGAAGGACUGGCCGAGAAACUCGGAAUCGAUCCCAAGGCACUCAAGAAGACCGUCGACGAGUUCAACGCGGCAACCAACGAUGCGCCUCUGGAUCUGCUCAAGCACGACGGAAAGUCGACGCGAGGGUAUGUAAAUCAUUUGUCUCUCCUGCUGGGGCUGCGGCUGCGGCUGCGGUAUCUAGGACCUCUGACUGUCACCACCACCACCACUGACACUCCAAUCUAUUAUAGCUUGACGCCCGAAAAGUCCAACUGGGCCGCUCCCAUCAAAGUGGCGCCCUUCUACGGCUUCCCCCUCAAAACCAACGUCACCUUCACCUUUGGCGGGCUCAAGACCGACCUCGACAGCCGCGUCAUCUCCAUCAGCGGCGCCCCGAUUCCCAACCUGUACUGCACGGGCGAACUCUCUGGAGUCUUCUACAACGAAUAUCCCGGGGCGGUGUCUGUCUUGCGGUCACUUACCUUUGGCCGUCUCGCGGGCCAAAAAUUUGCCCAGGAUCUCUAG